GAGCGAUCCCAGUCAUAGGCUAUUGGACCUUGUGCCCUAGAAGGGGCCGAAUACAUCCCCCCGAGACUUUAUAUAAAGCGUUUCUUUUGCGGGACGUUCGCUACUAUCAGUUUUAUACUUAGAGCAUCAACGUAACGCGUGUUAUCACAGACGAUCCACACCCAAAGAGUGUUCGUUAUUGUAAGGAUCUUUCUUCUAGUUUCGGUUUAAAGACCCCGCGUGGAAUUUUUUGGAGUUUCCAGAAUGAAAUUUUGAGUUUUUGUGAAUAUAAAAUGGACAACACUUUUCUUCGUAACUCGUUAAAGGACUGUUUGUGAAAGGUGGUUGUGAAAGUAACAGAAUAUGACCGCUGAGACACUGCGUUCUCCCAAUUCUGCUCCAACUGAAGGUGUUCUAAAAAGUUUCCAAACCCCCAUGCAAAGUCCCAUUUCUUCUGAGUACAGACGACCCUUUCUAUCUGGACCGGGAUACAACAACUCUUCACUUCUGUCCCCUCCUGUGCCUAAAUCUGAAUCCCCUUGGAGUAAAAAACAGCAAUCUAGUCCACAAACGGCACCGAACAGUACGGAAUUAAGCCCAACUAUGCCACACGGAACCAAUAUUAUGGCUAAUAAAGAAGAAGUUGCCAUCUUGAAUGACAUGGAGGACAAUAACAACCACGAGGGCAAAAGAGACAAAUCGAAAAAGAAAAGAUACACCAAAUCCCGGAAUCGAGCUCGCAACCCCGUCGCUGUUAUCAAAAUUAAAAAAACGAGAAGGCUGAAAGCUAAUGACCGCGAACGCAACCGCAUGCACAACCUGAACUCAGCCCUGGACAAAUUGCGUUGUGUGCUUCCAACAUUUUCCGAUGAAACAAAAUUAACUAAGAUAGAGACAUUAAGAUUCGCUCAUAAUUACAUUUGGGCUUUAUCAGAAACUCUGAAAAUGUUAGACUCGAAAAGCGGUAAACAGUGUGAAGGAUAUAAUGAUGGCUCGAGUCUAAUGGAUGGUUCGGAAAGCCAAGUCCAAGCACCACCUCUCUAUGGUUAUUGUUCCGCUCCCAUAAUUCCUCCAAGUCCAGGUUGGUCUUCGGCUGAAUCACCUCAUCCGGGCAGUUCAUCGUCCUUCCAGAUGUCCGGCUCGUACACUUCAACAGACUAUUCAGAUUCGUCAUGCUCUGGCUCAGAGUGCAGCAAUAGUUACAUCAAAUACGAAUCCCUAUGACCAAGGGAAGUGUUUUCUAAAAUUAGUAAAUUGUUUUCUAAAUAUUGAAGAGAUAUUUACAUUAAUUCGUAAUUAGGAAUGAACCAAAGAUUUUUUUUAAGAACGGGAACAAUAUAUUUUUGUAUUUUGUUUAUGGCUAUUAAAUAAUAGUAUUUUGUGUAAACAAAUUAGGCAGUCUAGAAAUAAUGUUAUCAAGUACGAAUCCCUAUAACAAUGGGAAAUAUUUUAUAAAAUUCCGAAAUUGUUAUCUAGAAAUGUUUAUAUUUUUGCGUAAUUAAUAAUGGACCAAAGAUUUUUAUU